CUGAUCAAUAGAAAGCAUUUUUGAUCAACUUAUCUAUGUUUUUGAUUAAAAAAAAUAGUCUUCUAAUCAUUUUGCAUUGUGUUUAUAAAUAAUAACUUUGUCUUGGAUUCGUUUAUAAAUAAUUAACUAUGUCUCACAGUGAUAGUGAAAUAAAAGACGACAUAAAAGACAAAAUUCGCAAACAAUUAAAGUUGGAAUUUAAAGCUAAAAAGAAAAUUCACAAUUCGCAUGAUAGUGUUCGAACUCUGAAAAUAAAAAUGCAACCAAUUUUUCAGGAAUUCAGACUGGUAAAAGCUGUUAAUACGAAUAAUACUAGUGAAGUAAAAAAGUUAUUAAAUGAAGGAGUUAACCCUAAUAGUACCGAUCAAGAGAUGAGAAGUGUACUUCAUGUUGCUGUUAGUAAAGGAUAUACCGAUAUAGUACAGCUUUUACUGAGCUAUGGAGCCGAUCCAAAUAUACGUGAUAUAAUUCAAAAUACCCCAUUACAUUUAGCAGCUUGUGUUCACAAUAUACCAAUAAUUACAAUGUUAAUUAAUUCAAAGGCUGAUGUUAGUUGUUUAGAUCUCCAUGGCCGUAACCCAAUACAGUUAGUGUCGAGCAAACUUCAACUAUUAAGAAAAGGUUGGAGAGAUGGUUCUAUCGAAAUGGUGAAAUUAAGAGAGGAAUUACAAGAGGUUGUGGAUUUACUACUCUCUUUCCUAAUUCGUGGUGUAGAAGAGAAAAUGGAGAGACUGACUAGGUCUAAAGUAAAUGUAAAUGAUUUACAGUUAAUGAAACUUAGUUUGAAUUCGGGACCGGCCAAUCAGUUAGAUGAUCAAAUGGCAAAACUAUUAGAUGAUAUCGAAAAUAUCCAGAUUAAAUAAUGUGUUGUAUCAAAAAGGCAUUUAUAAAAUAGGAGCUGAUUUAUUUUUAUAAAAGUGUAAAAUUAUAACCUUAUAAAUUCAUCAAUUUUAUCAAUUUUUAAUUUUUUACACUUGUACAAAAAUAAACCAACUCCUGUGUUACUUAAGACUUAAUAGGUAUUAUUAUUAUAAUGUUUAUAAAUUACGAAUUUAAAAUUGAUUAAAAAAAUGUGAAAUG